AUGACGUCGUCAGCUGGUGACGUGUCAGUUUGUUUACAGCUGCGCUGCAGCUGCACAGACAUGGCUGUGGAUAUCACUUUACUGUUCAAAGCCAGCGUCAAGACAGUCAAAACCAGGAACAAGGCCAUAGGAAUAUGCGUUGACUCUACCAAAGAUGAGAUUUUCAAGAGGAGCAGACCCAAGAGUGGCUUUUCUCCGAAGGCGAAAGAAGUGAUCACGAACAUCACCAAGCUCAAAGACUUUCUGCUACAGCACAGGAAAGAUUAUGUGAGCGCCGGAAGUCUUAUAUCAUCAGAUAUUACCCGGAUGACGGACAAUGAACGAGACCAGAUUGACCAGGAUGCUCAGAUCUUCAUGAGGACCUGCUCUGAGGCCAUCAAGCAGCUUCGAAAUGAAGCAGAGAAGCAGGUGACGUCAGCCCAGGUAAAAGAGCACAGAGGGGCAGUGCUGGACCUCAUUGAAAUGUACCUGAAAGGAGUAUGUAAGCUGUACUCUGAGCAGAGAGCAAUCAGGGUCAAGAGAAUGGUAGAUAAGAAGAGACUGUCCAGACUGGCACCAGAGCACCACAUAAGGGUGGAGAAAACGCUGGAGGUGGAGCCCACGGAGGAGAAGACUGUCAAGGAGGAGAGUUCUGAGAAGGGCAAGUCAGAGGUCCUGGACAACCCUGUCAACCUGUGGGAGGAGGGCCGAGUGGAGGACGAGCUCUCUCCUGAGGAGAUCCAGAUGUUUGAGCAGGAGAACCAGAGACUCGUGAGCGAGAUGAACAGCCUGGUGGAUGAAGUGAGGCAAAUCGAGGGGAAGGUGGUGGAGAUCUCUCGACUGCAGGAGAUCUUUGCUGAAAAAGUCCUGCAACAAGAAACAGAGAUAGACAGUAUUCAUCAGCUGGUCGUGGGCGCUACAGAAAACGUCAAAGAAGGCAAUGAAGAUAUACGAGAGGCAAUCAAAAACAACGCUGGCUUCCGGGUAUGGAUCCUGUUCUUCCUGGUCAUGUGCUCUUUCUCUCUUCUCUUCCUGGACUGGUACGACAGCUAGCACGAUCACCCAACAUGGACUAUAAAUGUACGACAGGAAACCAUCUGGCUCGGCACAUAUUGGUUAUCUCAUGAGGACGUGAUGACAACACUGAGACUGAAAGUACAGUUAACCACGCUGGACCUGGUGUACAAAGUGUUCUUCAUAAGCAUUCAUAAGCGGAGAUCGCAUUUCGUUCUUGCCUAAUGCUAACUAUCUAUUAAUGUUCGUCCAGGGCAGCUUCAUUGUGUGAAAGCACUCCUGCGGAGGCGAGCUUUGUGUAGAGCACUGUGUCCACUUUAAGUGUGUGUAUGGUUGGACAGUGAGUCUUUCUCCACAGCUAAAAGAGCAUUUGACUGGCAGCCACUUUUCUUGUCUAACUGACUGAAAUAAUUGAUUUCUGAUCCCGUUUGGAACAGACGAAGACAUUACAUUCACUUGCUGUCUCAAGUACACCGUUUGAAUAGAUUUAUAAACUUGUAUAUCUCAGUGACAUAUAAAUUAUACUUCACUGUCAAAUGCUGAUGACUAUUUUGCUUUGCAGGCAAUUAUGAGCAGCGGAGCAAUUUAUUUGAUAUCUAUCAGAGCAGAAAUGUCCUGACACACCACUCACAUUCUAGUAAAACUAAGCAAUAGUCUUAAUUCAGUUCAGUGUCAUCUUUCCUUACUCCAUUUUAUAACAGUUAAUACUUCUCGUAUUUAUGUCAAGCUUUCAGAUAACAUCAAGAGCAGCAGAAAGCCAGAAAGGCACGGCCUGCCUUGGUUCAUGUCAGCAAAAGAAGAGAGGCUGCCGACAGGAGGUUUGAUUCACACAGCCUCCUGAUAUUUCUGCUAAUCUCUUUAUUAGGAUUAACCUAUAUCCUAGUUAAAGUAUUACAGCGCUUUGAGAUUUUUCUUUGAUCUUAACUCAAGAGAGCCGGAGCAGUUAACUGUAUUUAUUUUCUGCACUGAGGGAGUUUGAGCAUUACUGACAAGAUUUACUCCAGAAAUAGUUCAUGUAAAGAUUCCACUUGGACCUGGGUGUGAAAUGUGGGCACUUUAUUUCAGUUUUUCAUUUAACAUUUUUAUGUAGCAAAUGCACUUCAAUGGUAAUCGUUACAUUGUUUGAAAAAGGUACAUAAUUUGUGACAGUUUAAGUUAAAUGACAAACACAGAAAAAAGCAACAGGACAAGCGACUACUGUCAGAUUGUUCCACUACAGCAACCUAAGUCUAGUGACAGCUGCCAACAGCCAUCCAUGGUGACAUUAAUCAAUGCAAAGCAUUGUACAAUACAGUGUCUUCACUAGCAAUGCAAAAACAUUCAAUACAGUAGCAUAAAAUGUAUGAAAAGUAACCAUUAAGUGGCCAGCAAAGAAAAGCACAUGGUGUUCACAGGGUUCAAAUGAAUGGAGACAAUCAUUAAUGCUGGUUAAAAAGACUUGAUGCAUCAAAUACUAAAAACUCCUUAACAGCACUAUAUG